AUGGUGCCCCAUACACAUCAAAAAAAUCCUCAAUCACUUCUUAUAGUCUUUCUAGUUCUUUCAAUAUCAUUUCCAAUUCCAAUCAAUGCCUCUACCAAGAAGCUAGAAGAAACAGUACCAGUAGCAGUGCCUCUAGCACCAACUACUGAAAUUAUGUGUGGAACAUGCCCUUGUGUCAAUCCAUGUGGUCAGCAGUUACUGCCUCCGCCGCCUCCUCCACCACCACCUCCUCCUCCUCCGCCAAGGUUCACAUACUGUAAUCCUCUUCCAAUGCCUCCACCUCCGCCAAGAUUCUAUUACGUGACCGGCGUGCCUGGUCAGUUGUACACAGCUGAACCAGAUUAUAGGUGGACAUUUUUCUCUAAUGCUGGACGCAAUGUUGUUGGGAUUUUGUUCCUUGUAUUUGGCUAUGGAUUGUUGGGACUCUUCACAAUUUAG